CUCGCUUUCCUCUCGACUGACACACGGAAGUAGCCGAUGGGGGUGCUGAAAGUGCUAGUAAUUUUAUCCUCUUUGAUGAGGGUUAACAUCGUACUGCUCCGUUCCUCUUGCCAUUUUCGGGAUCAUGACAAUUUUUAACAAUGGAAUAGUGGCCCCUCGUUUGAUCUCAGACGACAUUUGAUUGAAACAUUUUCCGUUUGAAUUUCCCCGAAAAAAAUGGAUCAGGAGUUUGAGAACAUCGAUUCAACUGGACAGUGGCAAAACCUUUAUAAUGAAAUCCGUAACCAGUCUCAGGAGUGCGCCUGCAAAGUGGCAAAGUUCCCAGAAAAUCGCAAUAGGAAUAGAUAUAGAGACGUCAGUCCCUAUGAUCACAGUCGGGUGAGAUUAGAAAAUUCAGAGAAUGACUACAUAAAUGCAAGUUUAAUUACCGUGGAGGAGGCCCAGAGAAGGUACAUAUUGACACAGGGUCCCCUGAGGAACACUUGUGGUCACUUUUGGCUAAUGAUUUGGGAACAACGUUGCAAAGCAAUUAUUAUGCUUAACAGAGUUAUAGAAAAAGGCUCGGAGAAGUGUGCACAGUACUGGCCGUCUAAGGAGGAGCGAGACAUGGAUUUCAGUGACACUGGGUUUAUGGUGAAUCUGGAGUCCGAGGAGGUCAAACCCAAUUACACAAUAAGAAUAUUAGAACUUCGCAAUACCAAGACAGGAGAAACCAGGGAUAUCUACCAUUUUCAUUACUCAUCGUGGCCUGAUUUUGGUGUUCCAGAGUCCCCAGCAUCAUUCCUCAAUUUCCUUUUCAAGGUUCGAGAGUCUGGCUCAUUGGGGCCAGAGAACGGGCCCGCGGUGGUCCAUUGCAGUGCAGGAAUAGGGCGGUCUGGGACCUUCUCAUUGGUUGACACCUGCCUCGUCUUAAUGGACAAGAGGAAAGACCCUUUGUCUGUGGACAUACAAAAGGUUUUGUUAGAUAUGAGAGAGUAUCGAAUGGGUCUUAUCCAAACCCCAGAUCAGCUUCGGUUUUCAUACAUGGCAGUCAUAGAGGGAGCAAAGAGCAUCCUAAAAGAGACUACUCAACAAGUGUCAAGCACGAAGCGUCAUGAAGAAAGGCAGGAGGCAGAAGCUUAUUUAGUUUUGUCGUCUCAAAGCCCCAUCUGUAGUUCAGAGAAACACAACGGACAGUCUGACUCUUGUACGGAGCCACAAGAUCCAGGAGGAGAACGAGACAGGAUACAGUCACCAAAGGAAGAGCAGCUUACGGAGUUAAAAACAUUUGGCCUACGCAAGAGGAACCGUGAGGAGCGAAUAGCCAGCACUGCACAGAAGCUGCAGCAAAUGAAGCUGAAACUGAGCGAUUCGGAGAAAAAGAAAGAGAACUGGCAGUUCUGGAGACCAAUCCUCCUAAAUGUCGGUGCUGGUGCUGCAUUAGCACUAGGACUGUGCAUGUGCUGGGCCUUUCUGUCCCAGUAAUGCAAUUUUGUUCCCCAGAUUCCUCCUCUUAACUUUUAUUUUGCCCAGGGACCUAAAUUAUGGUACUCAUAUCAGUAGGUGCUUGUAUGUUUUUAGAUAAGGGACAACAUGUAGAAUGAUCGUGUUUACAAGCAUUCAAUCCCGGACAUUCUACACGAGUUACUGAAUGUUUGUGUUGUGGUUAUUACAGUGUAAAGAAUGAUGUAGUUACAUUGUAACUGCUAUUGUAAUUCCAUCAUGGCAAGUUCUCGAGGCCUAGCAAAUUUCACUGUACAGUAUUUUGUCUGUUUAUCCGCAGAGCAAUGUUAAAUAGUAGCUUGCUUCCGCCACAAAAUAAAUAAGAUAAUUGUGACUCACAAUUCUGACUUUUUUGCGAGUUUAUUUCUCAAAAUUGCGGCUUUAUAGCUGCAAGAAAAGUCACAAGUGUGAGUUUAUAUCUCGGAAUUAUUUUGAUUUCUCAAAAUAGCAAUUUUAAAUCUCACAAUUCUGAGAAAAAAAGUUUGAAUUGUGAGAUUUAAACAUGGAAAUGCAGAGAAAAAUAGUCAAAAUUAUGUGAUUUUUAAAAAGUCACAAUUAUCUUUUCAUUUUUUUUGUUCCCUGGUGGAAGCAAGCUAUACUAAAAUAGACCCCCACAGGUCCUUCUGAGUCAGUUUAUUAAAUGCUUCUGUCUUCAAGUUUGCGCAUGGAUAUUCAUAGGGUGACUCAUUUGUUUCAGUAGGUCAAAGCCCAGUGAGUUUCCGUACAUGCACAUCUCAGGAUCUUCUAGUAAUAAACUGACUGUAGAUUCAGCCAAAUGUAAUAAGUGGUCUGGUUUCCACUUUCAAAAUGUACAUAGUAAACUCUUUACUAAAGAAGAAACAUUGCUGUUUA